GGACUAAGAAAGCAGAAGCGCGUCGCGGGUGACAGGGAUCACCCGUCUAGAAUGCGACGUGCUCUCCAAAUGAGCUGUAGAGUUUGCAUCACUUGUUUUUCCUUCCAACCGCCCAAAUUCUAGACUGGAGGAUACAGGGAUCAUCACAACACCUUCCCAUCCACCCGCUAAACCACCUUAUCAAUUCCAUUGCAAAAUUUCUGGGCUUGAGCCUGAUCUCUAUCCACCCUGUUACACGAAGGGGAAAAAAAAGGGAAAAAGGCAGCACUACAAAAAGAAACCCAAGGUCUCUGGCAAAAUGGCAGCUCCCGUAAUGACGGUCUCCGAGACCAAGGAGCUCCGGGGGCUCAGCCUAAUCGCAGCUCAUUCCCACAUCCGAGGCCUAGGUGUCGAUGCCGAUACUCUGGAGCCGCGAGCUGCAUCACAAGGCCUCGUAGGCCAGGCCAAAGCGCGCAAGGCCGCCGCCGUCGUGCUUGAGAUGAUCAAGCAGGGCAAGAUCGCCGGACGCGCCGUCCUUAUUGCCGGCCCACCGAGCACGGGCAAGACUGCCAUCGCCAUGGGAAUGGCCCAAUCUCUAGGCUCCGACGUACCCUUCACAACACUCGCCUCCUCCGAGAUCUUCUCGCUCGAGAUGUCCAAGACCGAGGCCCUGACGCAGGCUUUCCGCAAGUCUAUUGGUGUGCGCAUCAAAGAGGAGAGCGAGAUAAUGGAGGGCGAAGUUGUGGAAAUUCAGAUCGACAGGAGUGUCACAGGAGGUGCCAAACAGGGGAAACUCACCAUCAAGACAACAGACAUGGAAGCCAUUUACGACAUGGGCAGCAAGAUGAUUGAUGCCAUGACCAAGGAGCGCGUCAUGGCGGGCGACAUCAUCUCAAUCGACAAGUCAUCUGGCAAGAUCACCAAGCUUGGUCGCUCAUACGCCAGGUCACGGGACUACGAUGCCAUGGGCGUUGAUACUAAAUUCUUGCAGUGCCCAGAUGGUGAGCUGCAGAAGCGGAAGGAGGUUGUUCACACUGUUACCCUGCACGAAAUUGAUGUGAUAAACUCAAGGACACAAGGAUUCCUCGCGCUGUUCUCGGGCGACACGGGCGAAAUCAGGAGUGAGAUUCGGGACCAGAUCAAUACCAAAGUCGCCGAGUGGAAGGAAGAGGGCAAGGCCGAUAUUGUUCCUGGUGUCCUUUUCAUCGACGAGGUGCACAUGCUCGACAUUGAGUGUUUUUCGUACAUCAACCGUGCGCUCGAGGCUGAGCUGGCCCCCAUUGUGAUCAUGGCGAGCAACAGGGGUCUGUCACGCAUCCGAGGUACCGACUACAGGAGCCCGCAUGGCCUGCCCCUCGACUUCUUGGACCGCACGCAGAUCAUCGCAACGCAGCCAUACUCGUCGGAGGAUAUCAACAAGAUUUUGGGCAUCAGGGCUACGGAAGAGGAGGUUGAGCUGACCCCGGACGCGCUCGCCCUGCUGACCAAGAUCGGCCAGGAAGCCGGCCUGAGGUACGCGAGCAACCUGAUCACUACGUCACAGCUCAUAUGUGCCAAGCGACGGGCGAAGCAGGUCAGCGUUGAUGAUGUUCAGCGGAGUUUUAAGCUGUUCUACGACCCGGCCAGGAGCAUCAAGUUCGUGGGAGAGUCGGAGAAGCGGCUAAUCGGAAACGAUGGUGUUGUUGACUUUUCCGUGGCCAAUGGACACGGCGAGCAAAUGGACACCACGUAGACUGAUCUCUGCGUCAGGUAGUCGUGUCGUUUUGAGAUUGGUCUAUUGCGAGUGCACGCGCUUUUUGUGUGUCAAGGGUCAAGGCGUUCCGGAAAUGUCAAAAAGGCAAUUUGCAGCUUUAAUUUAGAGGGUGCAGAUGCGACAACAACAAGCUGCUGUAACAUGAAUAGAUGGAAUCAAUGGUGAUAAUCGAUAAUCACCGGUGUUUAUCCAUUCCCAGUGAUUUAUCUGCAGGCGUGCAAAACUUGACCUCCUCGCAAACACCUGCCCCCCCCCCCUUUUCCACGCAAACAAGGCUGCAGGGAUGGACAGAACAUAUUUUUUUCACCUGACCUCCAGCCCCAAAUUGAGAACCCAAAGCGGCGCAGUUUGUUUGAAUUAAGAUGCGGUCAAAGACAGCCGCAAAUGUAGCGGCAGCACUAUAUAAAGGACGGAGCACGCGUCCAUUCUUCUUCUCCAACCCUUCUAAAUUCGACCCCUUCCCC